CUCGUUGAACUGCCCAAAGCGUUCCACUUUGUCACCCCCAGUACCCAUUUAGGGCAAGAAUGGUCGCAAAAGAACGAGAACUUGUUUCCUUCCGCCCACCAAAAGGUCACAAGUUGUUCUCAUUUUGGAGCGAAUCCUACCCCUCCCACGGAUAGUACGGCACUCGCUCAUCGACGAAUAGCUACCCAAUCAACACUCCGACCACGCUCUCGUCCUUAAAUCCUCCAAGUUCCAGAAGCAGUGCUUGGCUAGAGUCUUCCUUGGCGAGCGCACAAAAUCCGCAGAAAGCGUCCUCCAACGUCCUACCCAAAGAACCCGCGGUCUUUACUUUGCCAAACUUCCCCUUCUACGUAGACAUGAUGGAGACGCUAGGGCUCGAUCUUGACGUAUUUGCGCAGGCUUUGGCCAGGGCACAUGCGGUGAUACAUUGGGCCGCAAGGCUUGACGGGGACGAUAUCGAGUUUGUUCUGGGUACUUCCAUCACCUCUUCGGGUCAAGGAAGCGUCCAGAAUCGGGCGGUUAAGUUGUAUGUUCUGGAUUUUGGGCGUUGUCAGCCGAUUAAGUUGGAUGAGGAUGGGUGCGGCACUGAUUACGAACGCGCCGUAUACCCCCCGGCCUUCAAUGAAGAACGCGAAGGACCAGCAAUUGUGGAAUAUCUUUAGAAGCCACUAUCUCCUCCAUAGCGAUACAAUACUCGCAGCGGUAGGGAUGACCGGGUCUGAGCUACCUCAACAGGUUAUUGAAAAGGUUGAGCAGUGGUAUCAGGAUAUGGAGGAGUAUUGAGUACACCACUAGGUCUUACGUUUGGGC